AUGUUGGAAAUGAUCAACGCAAAAAAACCUAAUCCUGAAAAGUCUACAAUAUUGGAUGCUUCAAAAACACUUAAAUUCUUUAGUAUCGAAAUGCCCAAUAGAGUAAAGAAGUCUGAGUUUCCAACUAACAGAAGUUUAGUUGUGUCACCGAGUAUUAUUGAAUCUUCAAUAAAUCUUAAUGAGCCUAAGUUGCCAGCUAAGAGAUUAAUUUCAUCACCGAGCAAUAAUGAACCUUCCUUAAAUCUUUAUGAGCAGCCUACUACCGCUAACGGACUACGAAGAGUUCCUAAACGUCAAUAUGCUAUAUCACCAAUCCACAGCGGCGAUAAAUUUGACUUCGACGAUUCCGAUGCAGACCCAAACUACAAAAACCCCACUCCUAAAAGAAAAAUAGUUUUCUCUCCUUUACGUAACUCACCUUCUUCAUCAAAAAUGAAACGGUCUCGAUCCCUUUCGUCUUCGUCUAGCAGUUCCAGUUCAUCAAGCAGCAGUUCCAGUUCAUCAAGUAGCAGCUCCAGCAGUAGCUCAAGCAGUAACACUAUUACUGAAGAUAACACUACUGUCUCUAUUUGCGAGCUUCAGAAUCAUGACAAAAAUAUUGCCUCAACACUCAAUGAAAACAACAAUACGUCGAGGAUACCAAUCUAA